AUGGCUAACCCCCAACAGCUGGGCAUGCGAGACCUGGUAUCUCUCUCGCAGGUAUGCAAGAUGAUUCGUGCCGUCGUCGAGAGGAUGCUCUGGCACACUCUCGUGGUCCGGCCAGUCGUCCCCAGCAGCAUCAACUGCAUCCCGGCUGCCAUCCCCCGCGGCAUUCCCGUCCGCUUCGUCCGGCACCUUCAUUUUCGUGCCGGCGACGAGCUGCUCGAAGAGCCUCGCUGCGUUCACUGGGAUCCAUGCCCCCAGCGGACGGGCGUGAGCAAGUUCAAGAUUGAGCCCAAGAGCUUCUUCUGGGCCCGCCUCGAGGAGCUCGGGUCGAGAGCCAUUGGCAUAGUCGAUCGCAUCAGGCGCGGACAGCUCAGGAGCUUCAGUUGGGAAAUGGGGGCAUGCUUGCCCGAGGCAGUCUUGCAGCAGCUCGCCUCCACGCAGUCUCAGAUCACCUCGUUGAAGCUGGUGACCGACGGCCGCUGCGAUAGGUGGCCGGAAGCAAGCCUGAUCUAUGCCAAGAGAUUCCGCGAUCUCGAGAGCUUCUGCUGGACCGGUCCUCCCGACCUUUCCACUCUCGCAGAGUUUCUGGGCCCGCGUGAGAAGCCCGUGGGUGGCGGUAAAAGCAUCCAGGUUGCCAGCGGGCUGCAUGCUCUCGAGCUCGACUGGACCACCAAGGACAUCUACAGCCGAGCCAAGAAGUGCUCCCACAGGUCCUUUGAUCGCCACGUCUGGAUCAACCCCCCUCACUGGCCCGAUCCGCCCAUCAAUGCCUUGCCCUCGUUUCGAAUGUCGCAGCUGCAGGUUCUCUGCCUGUCCAAGGUGCCCAUCGCCCGCGACACGUUCUGGCGCAUCUUGGACCUCCAGACUCUUCAGUCGCUCACGAUUCGAGACUGCUCUCGCUGGAUGCAGGCCAUGGGCCACGCCAUCGACAACGGAGCUACCCGCUUCACGCUGCAGACGCUCGAGCUCAAAAGCUCGGGCGACAGCUGGAUCAACAAUGACGACAACGAGGACCAGUGCAAGUGGCUCAAGUUCCUCGGCUUGAUCGACCAUGUCGACGAGCUUUACCUUGCCAUCGAGGUGACUACCGCCCCGGUGAUUCGCAAGUUCUGGAAACUCUUCGACAAGCUCGGCGACAUGGCCUCCUCGCACGUGCUGCAUUACCGUGAAAACACGCGCGCCGACUGGCUUGAGGACGCGCUCGACGUCAGGGACCUGGGCAUGUCGAACGGUAAACAGCGCCUCUUGUUCCAGCCCUUUGUCAACUCGAGCGUCGAGAGUCUCGGUAUCUGCUGUGACCCGCAUCAUCUGAAACUCGUCUUGAAGCCGUUUGCGCGCAAAAGCACGUUGAAGUUCCUCCACGUCCGUCAGACGUUCAGAGACUUGGACGAGGUCAACUCGUGGGGCAUUCGCACGAACCUCCCCUGGAUCCACGCGCCCGAGGUGCCCUGCUCCAAGCUCCUGGAGAAGGCCUUUUUCGAGUUUGCCCAGUGGGCGUUUGGCUCGCGCGGCAUAUUGUCGCUUGACGUGCUGGCCUUUGGCGACUUUGGCUUCAGCGACGCGCUCGAGGAUCACAACUAUCUCCUGUUCCGGUGCGCAGAGUCCAAAUGGGGCUUCCGCCUCAUCGGCGUCGAGGACGAAGAGGGAGUGCUCGUCAUCAACGAGAAUCGCCGUCUGCUGAUGUCGUGUCCGGUCAUGCCAUACAUGCCGAGCGCCGCAGAGAUGGAAAGGGAGCGCGACGGCGUGGGCUCCGCGAUGUAUGUCUCCGGCGCACUCUCGGCACCAACCACAAAUGAAGGGGCCCACAGCGGCGCCAAUCUGGAGAUCGAGGCAGCCUGGAACUACGACAACGAGUCGGGUUAUGACGAAGCCGAGCAAGACGACGGCGAGCAAGACGACGGCGAGCAAGAGGGUGAGAAGACCAAGGAGAAGACCAAGGAGAAAACCAAGGAGAAGACCAAGGAGAAAACCAAGGAGAAAACCAAGGAGAAGACCAAGGAGGGCGGCAGCAAGCCAAAGUGUGACGAACCCAAGGAGUCCGAGGCUGUGGCGACGACCAAGGAGAGCGUCGAGAACGAGUAG